GCAGUGGUGCGGACAUCCUGCCAGGGGUCCCAGGAUGGGGGUUAGGAAGGCGCUUGUGGGUUGCCCCGGAGGAGAGGCUGGGGGUUGCAUGGUUUUUCGGGUCUCCAGGGGUGCGGCUGCUGGCUGUACGGCUGAAACGUUAACUCGGGAACGAUGAUCAGAAAGCGUGGGGAUCCAAGAGAACCAACAGCAAAAAUAGCAUCCUCCUAGAGUAGCUUGGGAAGAGGAUGAGUGGUACUCGGCCCAAAAUGGAAGUGUGUCCUUAUUGUAAGAAGUCAUUUAAACGAUUAAAAUCCCACUUGCCAUACUGUAAGAUGAUAGGACCAACCAUACCUACUGAUCAAAAAAUCUCUCAGUCAAAGCCAUCUACCCAUCCGCAUACUAAAAAAGUAAAGGAGCUGAUCAGAGACUUAACUGAAACCAGAGGGAAAGAGUUUAAGACAAAAAGUGAGGAAAGAAAUGCCAAAUUGAGAUGGGACAAACCAGGACAAACAAUUGCUUCCUGUCCACAACUAGAUGUUGGCUUGGAAAGAGCAAGUAAUACAAAGGCAGAUAAAGACAUCAAGGACCAAAAUCAGCUCACCUUCAAAAUGUUAAAACACACUGAACCAGUUACUUUCCAAGGAGUAACUAAAGCUCAGUUUUAUGCAUCAAAUGACAAUUCUAAAAGAGAACUUGCCAAAGAUGUGCCUGCAUCAGAGGAAAGUAAGUGUAAUCCUUCGGAAACAGAAGCAUUGUUACUGGCUGGCUCAAUGGAACCUUCUCUGUUGAAUCAGGAUAGAAAAUAUUCCUCACCUGUACCUUAUGAUGUACAAGCCACAUCUGUAAGUUUGAAACUGGACACAGUUGACCCCCAAAGACAGGGGCUUACUAGUGCUUACCGUCAGUCUCCAAGGAAUCUCACUGAUAAGGUUCAAAAAUUAACAGUAGUAUUGAGCAAGGAGAGAGAUUCCAGAGGCAGAGGUCACCUUCCAGGAGUCCUCACUGGCAUUGAAGAUGCUAAGGCUCAAAAAAAGAACUCAGAAUCACUCAUGUUAGGCCUUCACAUUACCCCUUUAGCUAAAAUCCAGGUUGAGAAUGAAGGAAAAAGACUUGCCGUUGGAGUAGAGGCUUGUGGGAGCAAAGGAAAUGCAGAGAAAGGUAUAUUUGCAACAGAGAUGCAGAAGUGGGAUUCUGUGAGGGGUGGCUCUAAGAACUGCAGCUCUGGUGAUUCAGCCACAGAAGAGAAAUCAAGAGAAGAAGGUCCACUUUUAAACGUGUUCACUCCACAGGAGGCAGCUUACAGUGAGUUUCUUCCUGUAUCGCAGUCAAAUAAUCAAAGUCCUCCCUAUCUGGCUGUGGAAUCUCUUCAAGAAGAGAAAGCACAAUUCUGCAGUCAUAAUCAAGUCCCUGAUGUGAAGUUAUUAGGGGAAAGUAAGAAACAAGCAUCUCUGGAGUACAAAUCUGGCUGUCAGCCCCAGGCUUUGCAUACUAGAUGCCAGCAGUCUAUGUAUUCUGCCCAGCAUCACCUUUCUCAAAGCACCUUCAUUAAUCAUCUUGGUGCCACAGUCGGAAAGACCCUUCCUAGCUCCUUUGGGCUGGAGUGGUUUCCAGAGCUUUAUUCUGGUUAUCUUGGACUAGGAGUGUUGGCGGGGAAGCCUCAUUAUUGGAACUCAAUGGCCCAGAAGCCUCAGCUAACUGGUCCUCCGUGGGGACGUCUCUCACGAGGCUGGAUCCGGUGCAGCACCACCCUGAAGAAGAGUGGAGUUGGUAGCAUCACAAUGCUCUUUACCGGAUACUUCACCCUGUGCUGUAGCUGGAGCUUCAGGCAUCUGAAUUUUUUGACCUUGGCCUUGGCUCCCCAGAGAGUAACAUGGACACUUGAGAGAAAGCUUUGAGAAGCUUUUGCUAGGCACCGUAGAUGGAAAGCAGUUUCUCCAAACCCAUUUCCAACAAGGAUUGGUUAUCACCCUCACACAGGCACAUGUACUGUGUCUCUGUCAACUUAUUCUCAUGCCAGAACAACACAGGUCAGCCCCGCCUCCUUCAGAACCACAAGGAAGCAGGCUAAGGCCAAUGUGUAUUGUGCAUUGCUGCUUUCUGUCUUCUUUGAACUUGGAUUCUGGGUCAGCUACAUCUCUCUCUCCUAGUCCCAGUCCCCUGGCCUCCCUAAGUAGCCCUAGUGGGAGCAAGUGAAAUCUGCAACAAAUUCUCAUGGUUAGGGAAAAGGUAUUCAGAAGUAUCCCCUUGUAAGCUGGAAUUCUUCCUAUGGAAAAAUGAAGGAAAGAAUAGUACAUUUAGUUGUUUUAGUUCUACUAAGAACUUCAUUGGUACUCAAAAAAUAAUCUUUUUGUUUUUGAAAGGACUUCAUGACCAUUUUCUGUAAAGUGCUCUGUCACACACUCACAGACACACACACACGCGCGCGCGCGCGCGCACACCUACCCAGUAGGGAUUGAGGCUAGGCCCUUUGCACUGGGCUGCAUCCCCAGCACCUUUUUAGAUUUUUGAGAUAGUCUUGCUGGUUGGCUAAGUUGUGAACUUCCUGCCUCUGCUUUCCAGAAGCUGGGGUUAUAGGAGUAUCCCACCAGCCUGGCUGGGUGCCUCCCUUGAAAUGAGACACAUAGGGUUUCUCCCCAUACCUCCCCAUCUGUCUUCAAGGUCAGAAGCUCUCAGGGUAGAAGCUCAGUGAGAAUGACCUCUUGACGACGUCAGUCCUUCCCGGUCCCCUCAGCAAGGGUCAGCAGAUGACUGCAGCCCACAGGCCAUACCCCGCCCCCUGCCUGUCGCAGAUAAAGUCUUGGAAGAACACAUCUCCUUAUUCAGUGCGGUGUGGUCUGUGAUUUCCACACCACAGCAGCGGAGUUGAGUAGUUGGAACUGAGCCAGUGCCCCAGAAAGUGAGACACUGACUCUGGCCCUUUACAGAGAAGGUGUGCUGGCCCCUGCCCUGGAGGAAUGUGCUGUCUCCAUGUGUCAUGCGCUAGAGUGAGGAAGACAGCUAGGCGUCGCUGCUCUAAAACAGUCAGGUAGAAGCCUUUCUUGACUUGUCCUGUCCACUCUAGUAUAUUAGUGCUUUGUGUUGGCCCGGAACCACCCGUAACGUGUAAGUGCAGAGGUAGCACAAAGGGGUAGCUUGUGCCCCCCCAUUAACCUAGCUGGAUGUGGUGGUGCACACCUGUAACCCCAACACUCAGGAGGCUGAGGCAGGAGGACUGCCACAGGUUCAGGCAAGGCCAGCCUAUAUUAUAUAGUGAGAUCCUGUCUCAAAAAAAAAACUGAAAAAAAUCAGAAUGCUAAAACAUAAUAGAAAACUUUAAUCGCAGUAAAUAUUCUGUACCCCUGAAAAUUUGUUACUUGAAGAAAACGACUACUUAAUGAUCCACCAGUCCUAAAGAGAUAUCAUAUUGCCAAGUUUAAGACAAAGGUGAGAGUUUAAGAAGAGGGAGUUUGGGGCCAGGCUUGUGUAAUCCCAGCUACUCAGGAGGCUGAGACAAAGGGGAAAUCAUAAGUUCAGGGCCAGCCUGGGCAACUUAUUGAGACCCUGUCUCAAAAAGGGAUGGGUGGGGAUAUAGCUCAGUCCUCUGAGUUCAAUCCCUAGUGACCCCCCUCCCCAGGCAUGAGGAAGCACACCUGUUCUCUCCAGUUUGCAAUGAGGGUAUAAGCUCGCCUCAUGAAAGAACAUUUUUUCGUCAGUGCAAGCCUCCCACCAAGCCACUUGCAUAGCCAUCACAGUCCUGUACCGGGUCUGGCAGAUGAACGGCUUCAUCCAGAAAGCCCAAUUUCUUCUCUACACUGGAGUGGUAACAAGUGACAGGAGUGCUGCCUGCAGAAGCCAGUGUGCCUCAGGUGGUGAGGCAGUGCAGUUGCUCUUCAUGAAGUUGAGGGAAAAGAAGAAUGCCUUUAACAUAAUUUGCCUUUUAAACAGUCUUCUUAAUUUUCUCUCAAAAUCUGUUCUCUCCCUUCUGUGGCAUUGGCGGGAGCUUCUUUGGGUAAGCGGCAAUGCUAAGAUUUUGC